AUGACAGUGACCAAGCUACCAUCCCAGCUGUGCUGCUCUCCCUGGAUGCUACCACUGGCAACUGGUUCCAAUGCGCCUUCAUCUAUCACCUCCGUGAAAAUCAACAUUCCUAACAACAACGCCAAUAAUACCACGAACGUCAUCAACUUUCACUCCCCUAACAACAACACCAAUACCACUACAAAUUCCAUUACUCACAGCAACGUGCAGCGCCAAAAUUUUCACCUCCCAGCUGGGAGUCAGCCACGCUGUAGAUUUCUACGCGCUUAUUCAUCCAUGUGGGAGGCUGGUUCCUCCACCCAUCAAACUGCUGCUGGCACCCAGCUCCCUCCCCCAAGCCCAUACACUACUGGUGCUUGGCCCAUUCCCCCAUUCCCUCACCUCCUUCAACCAAACCCUUGUCUCCUUCAACCGACCCCUCAGCUCCCUCCCCCAAACCCUUAG